GCCCCAAACUGUCCCCAUGGUUACCAUCUUCCCCAUGCCCUCCCCCUCCAUGUCUGUCAACAACCUCUUUUACCUCACUAACAUCUCCAGUCCUUUUAAGGCUUGUCGAUCUCUCCUUCCUCCCAUUUCUCUACUCUAGCUUCUUUGAGCUCUCCCCUUUCCGGACUUUAAAAUCCCUGGCGCCUCCAACCCCUCAUCACCCUCCCCCCAGUCCCUAGUACCCCUAGUCUCCUCAUACUCUUCCCCCUUCUUCAUCAACCCAUCUAGCUAUUCUUGCCUAUUCUUGCCCCCAAAAUCCUUAAUCUCCAAAAACUGACCAAGUAGACCUUACAUUGGAAGGACCCAUCUAUCGGCAGGUUGAAGUUAAAUGGGGUCUUCAGAAGGCAUACAAGCAGCAGCUAGAGUGUACAGAAACCUUCUUAAAGCAGUAAGAAAGCAUAUAGGUAAGGAAGAGCAGAAGGCCCAAUUCUCUGACUUCAUUAAGCAGGAGUUCAGGAAUAGCAGCAGUGGACAGCAGUCCGUGGAUCCCUCUUUCAUUCAGCAAAAGAUAAAGCUUGCCCAUGAUUACACUUUCCUUCUGAACAGUGUCCACCAUCAUAAGGACUUGCUAUUUUCCUAUAAUAUUGCAGUUGACAGAUCAGAUGAGAUGAAAAAAAUUCUUGGGAAAUCUGCUGCUAGUGUGGGUCUUCAACUUCCUGAUGUCUAUCAACCUUAAUGGGCCAGUUUUACCUAUUGAAGUUUGGUUUCUCCGGAAGCAUGCAAUAGGUUAAGAGGUUUGGUUCGGUGGAAGUUUCAGGAAGACAAUUCUGUCAUUUAUUCAAGAACUGAUAAGUAGAUAUACCUGUGGUCAACGUCCUUGUUCCCUCAUCUUAGUACGGGAGUUCAACUUUCACUGACACACCCCUGCUCUUGGAUUUCAGAAAGGCUUUACGUAGUUUUGAACAGAAAAUCUCUGAUGUCAUAAAGGAGAGAACCUUUUUGUGCAGACAAAGUACAGGAUUUGCUUCUUGAAAACUUUGAAACCUUAGAAUUAUUUAUCUUGAUUAAAGCAAACGCCCCUUACUUCUUUUCGCUCUUCAAGUUUUGAAGAGAUGAACACAUAAGCCAGCUGGAAGCGGUUCAAGCCUGCGACAUGAAUUGAUUGGGAGGAUAUAUGAAAUAGUUAAUGAUAUUAUCUGCAGUACAGUGUCAUGACCCUUGCAAGAGAGAUAUUUUUAGGUACAAGUAUCCCCUAAAAGCACUUUCAAGCAUGGUUUGGCAAUGAUUGGGAGGGUAUAUGUAGGAGGAUUCGCAUGAAAUUUUACCCAACUCCAUAUCUGGAAUAGAAUAUAUGAAAUACGUAUGAACACAGAAAAAAUUAUACAGUGUCAUCAGCCUUGCAAGAGAGACUAAUUUAGGUAUCAUUAAUUCCCACAGGCACUAUAAAGAUAUGUUACUUAAUUGUAAUUCUACAGAAAGGUGCUGUAAAAGUCUAAUUUCAUUUAAAGAUUUUCAUUGGAUGCACUAGCAAAAAGAAAAGCUUUGUAACAGUGGACACUGGAAUGAAAUGACAGUUUCUCGUA